AUGUCUCGCAAGCCCUUCUUCGCUCAGGAUCCGGAGAUGAACGAGGAGGAGACCAAGGCCCUUGCGUCCCACAAUAAGGCCUAUGGCAUUGACGCCCUUCUCCAAGACCCUUGCAUUGUCUCAAAUUCUAACAUCAUCAACCUCGAUAAAAGGCUCCUCACAACCACGACAAUUGACCUUAUAAAGUUGGUGCGCAUGAUCUUCCCCAUCUUCCUCCUUCAUUGGGUUGACUCGCGGCCGUUGAUGCUGUUCAGCAAUGGCAGGAUGUUCUUCUCGCUGAUCUCCCUUGGAGGGUUCCUCGGUGAAGUUGAAAACAAUGCUGAGAACCCUACCAUGUGCGUUGUCUCAUCACUAUUCUACAUGAUUUUCUUCUUCAUCGGGAUGGCCCCGAUUAUGUUGAUGUACGAUUCUGAAAUGUUCUUGUUGAGGAUGUGCACACCGGGGAGUGCAAUCGGCAUCCCCAUCAAUAAGGGGAGCGAGUCUAGCAUCAUCAGCGACAUUGUUAUGGUUGUGUAA